AUGGCCAAUUUCAUAAAUAAUCCCUCACAGCAAAGAUAUUAUUUUAAGAAGCAAAUUGCAUAUACUGAGGAUCACAUUGUGGUAAAGAAGCUCUUCCUGUACAAUGUGGCACUGAUGGCUGCCGAAUUGCAGACGUACUUUGAGAGCUUUGGAAGUGUGUUGCAUUUGCAACUAUUUGGUAGCAAGGUUCAUGCUAAGGGCAACAAGAAAUUGUCGCGUGAAGGCAACCGCAAGUCGAGAACUGGUUACGUAUUCUUUGGCAAUCCGAGAGAUGCGGCAAAAGCAUUGCGCCACACUCGCCACAUUGUCAAUGGACAUCGUCUGUCGGUGCAGGCGAACGAUAGUUGGCAUCAACCAGAUGCCUAUGGACUGGAGGAGCGAUCCGAGUCUGAGGAGAUACCGGCCGUGAUUAUGAGUCUGAAUGAUCAUUGUCUGGAGCAUAUAAUGAGACACCUUUCACUGCCCGAUCGCAUUCACUUUGCCAGGACUUGCACUCGCUUUCGCAGCGUUUAUCUGCAGGCAUCGGCGGCGUUGCACAGAUCGAUUAGCUUCGAUGUCUUCGAUGGAAUGACCUUGUGGGAUAUGCGAGAUUUCUUCCAGCUUUCGGGUCAACAUGUGCAGCAAAUCGAGGGUAUUGUGCCGCCAGCUCGUUGUCAGCGUCUGUGCGAAUAUUUCGGUGUGCAUUGCAUCAACUUGAGAUCAAUGCGAGUUACGGCCAGUAAAUUGUCAGUUCGCAACAUGCACAAGCUGUUCGCCAAGUUGUAUCAACUGCAGGAUCUGCAAUUGAGAGCCUGUGCCCUUAGCAAUACUGGUCUCCUGGGCCUGAAGCAUCUCAAGAAACUAAAGCGUUUGGAUUUGUCCGACAAUCGUCAGUUGACUGGUCUAAAUAUGAACUGUCUGCCAGCAUCGAUUGAAUCUUUGACUCUGACUAAUUGCAAUGGAUUUCAGUCCAAGUAUUUGUCCAAGAUCUGCAAAGCUCUGCAAAAGUUGAGGGAGUUGCACAUGAAGGCGGUAUAUACGAUCACCACGGGCUUUCAGCAAGUGAUCACCGGCAAAUGUGGAUUGGCCCUCGAGGAGUUGACUAUUAGCAGCAAUCCAACAAAUGAAUAUGAGCACAUAGCCAAGUUGCCUCGCCUCAAGAAAGUCGUCAUUUAUAGUGUUGAGCAGGGUGUUCCCUUGAGAAUCCAACUGCUACCUUGGCUGGUCGAGCACAAGGCGCAACAGUUGCAGCAUUUCGAGUCACGUGGUCAGAACUCGAUCAAUCCGGAGAUGCUUCCCCAUAUCAAUGGACUUUGUGCGUUGCGCACACUCAUGAUGCCGCAUAAUAAUAUGAUUGGGGAACCACAGCUGGAGGUGUUGAAGUUGCAACAUUUAGAGCUGAUUAGUCUCAAGUAUUGGCCGCAUCUAACAAAUGCAGCUGUGUUGCGCCUAUUGCUCAACUGCCCCAAGUUGCAUGUGCUGCAUCUGGAGGAGUGUCCACGUCUCACUGAAAAGUUACUCCAUGACAUUAUUUUCAAGAUGCGACUGCAGGUGCGCCUCAAGGAAGUCCAGCGUCGUCUGCCCAUUCAGAUGCAUGUCUACGGCAGCAAGAUCAAUGAAUUGAGUUUGCAGCAUGCCGAUGUGGCAGCCAAAGACAUCAUCGAUGCCUCACUCACACCACCCUCCUCCUCCGAUCUGUGUCUGGUCAGAAUGUCUCAUUUUUUGGAAUUCGAUUUCAACUCCGAUGACUACGAUAUCUUUGUAUCUGACGAUGAGCUGGAUCCAGACUACGAUCGCUAUAUGUACAAUGUGGGCUUCCUGAGUGACGAUGACAAUGAAUACGAUGAAAUGGUUUUCCAAGAUGAUGAUCUACUGAUGAUAAAUAUGGAGAAUGUCGAAGAACUUCUGCAACAAUGGAAUCAACAAAACUUGCCUUAUAUUUGA